UAAAGUUCGAGACGACGCUUCGUUCCGGAUCCCACUGCGACCACUCGACUUGGAUUUCGUCUUUCAUCGUCGUCUCGCGCCACUUUUCGUUCAAGUGAUUUCCGCUGAAUAGAUUUACUCUCAACGCUAACAAUAUUUUCCACCGGAUCAAGGCGACUGCAUAAAAUUUAGAAAAUCGUUCACUAUCGGAAAAUUCCGGGGCAUCACGUACAAAUCGUGGGUUUGCACCGAGCUUUCUGCGUUUCCCAGCGCCACUUCGUAACGACGUUGCGACGGCGAAACGUCGUCGAAUCCACACUCAGUGAACCGCGCGCUAUCGUUCCGUCUGCAAUAAUCCCCUUCUUCGGCGUUUUCCGGCACCCCACAUCCGCUGAUUCUGAUUUUCAAAUAUAAAACUGUUAUAAUGAAAGGAUGACCACAUCAAAUAUUCGCCUAUCUCUACCAUUUUGAAAGACUCCGUGGAUGAUUUGUUAUUAACUUCUUUAUUGGAUGUUUACAAAACCGAUUCAUAACCCAUCUAUACAUCAAGACAUCACCAGGACUGCAUAAUUAUAUCAAAGUUUGAUUUAAAUUAUUUCUCCUCCCACAACUAAUGAACAACAAUAACACGACAAUGUCGGAUUAUGAAAGAAUCCGAAUAGCGACUUUAGGAGGUGCUGGAGUUGGAAAGAGUUGUAUAGUGAAGAGGUUUUUGAUGAAUACCUAUAGCGAUCGUUACAAGAGUACCGUUGAGGACCUUUAUAACAGAGAGUAUGAUCUGGGUCAUAUGACGCUCAAAGUGGAUAUAUUGGACACGGCCGGUGAUAUGCAAUUUCCUGCAAUGAGAAGAUUAUGUAUAGCGACCGCACAUGCGUUUUUAUUGGUUUAUGCGGUUACGUCGUCGCCUUCUUUUGAAAGUGUUAAACAGUGCUUUGCUGAGAUACGAGAGCAAAGGGCCGAUUAUCAAGAAAUUCCAAUUGUUAUUGCUGGAAAUAAGUUGGAUCUUACUUCUACGCAUCGAGAAGUUAGGAUAGAAGACGUUUCUGAAUGGGUUUAUUGUGAACUUCCAAAACUUAGGGUGAAAGUAAUCGAAUGUUCAGCAAAAGAUGAUAUCAACAUCAAAGAGAUAUUUCGCAAUUUCCUGAACCUGUCCAGAAUUAUGCUGAAAGAUACCGACGAAUCAGGUUUGAAACGAAGAUCGAGCGCCUACGUUUCGGCUAGCAAAGGGGCCAGAAGACCGGGAAGUCCCGCAAUCGAAAAGGAUAAAAAGGUAGGCGAGAGCUCUGGCAGUUCGGAAGCCCCGAAGGCGAAACCUCGUUCGAGGUCGCUGAUAAGGCGCGCCAGUAGAAAGACCAAACAGCAAAUAAGGGAUGCUCAAAGCACCGGCGACGAGUGUACUGUUUCGUAAGUCGAUCUCGUUCUUUGUAAAAAAUCUCGAUCAAGGGUCGGUGAAUUUUUAUAUUAUGAGAUUUCAUAUAAGGUGAUAAUAAAAUACGCUUGCCAUACCCAGAGAUAGGUAUAGAAAAAUUGUACGUUAAAAAAGUAUGUUGUAAAAUUUACAGAUAAAUGAAAAUGUGUUUAUAUUUGUAAAUUUUAAUUUAUUACGAUAUUUAUUCAUGAGGCUUAAUUUUAUUCGGCAAAAAGGAAAUAUAAUUUUUUUAGAGAAGAGCGCUAAAUCAUCUACAAAAUUAAAUUUAAUAAAUAACAUAAAUUUUUUUCAAAAAACGUGUUUCAAAGGUAGUGUAUUGAAGUUGACAUAUAAAUAUUUGCAAUUAUUUUUUGUUAUUUCAAAUCCCAUAUCCCACAUCAAUUUAUUUCGCAAAUAAUUCUUUUCAUAAAUGUAGCUAAUUUUUGUUUAUUACACUACUUUUAAAAUGCUAUGUAAUAAGGUGAUUCAGAAUAAAUCCGAAAGACCUAGAGAUAAAUAAAAAUACUUUAACUAAAUCAAUUUGUAUAAUAUAUUUUUUUUAAUAAAAUUAAACAUUUCUUUUAAAAUUAUAAAACAAAAUAAUGAACCAGCUGGUUAUUGUUCAUAAGAUAAAACUAAAGUAUUAAUACUUAAAGUGUCUAAUUAUUAAAAUUGUAUAUUAACAACAGGGUAUCUUGACUGAUUCGGACCUUGUACAUGAACUUUAAAUUGAAAAUAAAUAAAUAUUUAAAUAAGGAUGUCGAGAAACUAAUCUUUAACACGAUAAAUUAAAAUAAAAUAAUUCAAGAGGAUUAAAGAAAUUAAAAUACAUAAAAU